UCCUCGCCAUUUAUAUACGGAUAUGGAUGAUGCUUGGGAAUCCAUCGUGAGCUCACUCACUCAUUCAUCCAUCUUCUCGUCCUAGAAUUGGACCAUGUCCACCGCCAGGGUUCUUUGCAGCUUCUCCAAGCACGGAGCAUGCGUGGAAGGAGAGAGCUCCGAGCUCUCCCACCACUCCACUGGCCAAGCUAACAACUUUUCUCAGGUUUGUGCCUUCUACCAGAAGGGUGCGUGCUCGAACGAUGCCCGUUUCACGCAUGAUCACGUCGGGGUUUCUCACAGCAACCCGGUGUUCCAGCACGGAGGAGCCACUACGGGGGAGACGCCGUGGGCCGACGGCCCCGCACCGUCGGCACAGGUAAGUCCACCGUCGGCACCGUCUCUGCCGACGGUGACCGUCGGCGUACCGGCGUCGGCACAGAUGGCGUCGGGGUUCGCGCGGGCACCGUCGGCGUAGCAUGACACCGUCGGC